GUUUUUCCAGAGGGACGGAAGCCGAACGAGCCAGCGUGGAGCCUCUAUCCCUGUGUGCUGUUACGGCAGCUGAGGCUUCAUCGCCAUCGCAUCUGGGUGUAGUCCUGAUGAAUCGCGACAGGGACCGUGACUAUGACCCGAGAGGGGGCAGGCCUGACCCCCGAGACACGGUCGGUACACACACGCACACAACCACACAGCACCACACACGCAGGAGCUGUCGUCACUCUCCGUGUGUCCGUCUGUGUGUGGUAUGCAUCACAUCGUCUCUCUGGUCAGCGCGAGCAGCGUCCGCGUAAGUUUGAGAAGACGCUGUAUCCGAGGGAGGAGGACUUCCCCGGCUGCAACAACCUGUUUGGCAUCCUCAUCGGCAAGGGAGGCGCCAACAAGAAGGCCAUGGAGUCAGGAGGGGCUGACGUGUACAUCAACGGCAAAAGCGACGGGGUGAGUGAGCCACACACGGGGGGAGGGGACGCACGCCUGAGCCUUCCUUUGUCAUACGCUUUGCCUGAAUGUGUGUAUGGUCCAGAAGUCGCCCACGAGUCCUAAGGAGCCAUGUCACAUUCUGGUCAAGUACGACGAUGAGCCAGAGGUCAGGAGAGCGGGCACACAUUCAAUCGGACACACUGAACAGUCGUUGGGUGCGUGUUGCGUGUUCAGUUGGCCAAGGUAGAGGAGGUGCUGGAUUGGCUGCGCCGCACGUGGGGCACACCCAGGAGACCACCAUUCAGAAGCGACUCGGGUGGGUACCUAACACACAACACACGGAUGCGUGUGGGAUAGAUACGUCGGAGCGGCAUCAAUGAUGCUUUGUUGUUGUGUUGUGUUGUGUGGUGUUGCGUCGUGUCGUGCUGUGAUGGUUCAGAUGGCUCAAACGAGGAGAUAGAGUUUUGUCACGGCCUACUCAGUCUGCUGCAGAACAACCCGGUGAGCUCAGCUGAACUGCUGCAUGUCUGCAGGCACAUGUCCUGCCUGCAGUGCACGUGUGUGUGGUGGCCUGGCCUGAUGACUGCGUGCGUUGCGUUGCGUUCAGAAUGGCAUUCCUGUGGAGCACGUUCCCGAGGCGUACAAGCUGCACGUCAGCAGCCCCUUCUUCCCCAUAUCCAAGUAAGUCGGGAGGGGCACAUCACAUACAGUACAUGGUGUGCAGUGGACAUGGGUAGGCAGCCACUCACACCCACAUCCACAUCCACACCACACCCAGACCCAUCCACCCACAACACAACACAACACACACCCCAGCGGCCAGCCAUCUCCUCCUCGGCGGUCCGUCGAUCGCUCCCCCUCCCCUCCAGUCAGGCUUUGCACCACCACCACCACCAUACAAGUCACACAAGUGCACCAGCUAGUGUUCCUCCCCCUCCCUCCCUCCGUCCCUCUCUCCCUCUCUCCCUCCCUCCCUCGCUGUCUCGCGUGCUUUCGUUCGUCUCUUUGCCUUGCCUGUAUCCAUGUCGUCUGGCUGUCGGGCUGGGGGCUGCUCGUGUCUUGUGUGGCUGCAGGUACGUGCCUGAGGGACAUCUGCAAGACAUGUUGCGGCACCAGCGAUUCGCCCACUUCGUCGAAUUUCUCGACGUAGGCAGACGGACUGUAUACUGGCAGACAGGCGACAGACAGGCAGACAGGCAUCAGUGGGAGAGGAGGACCGGCGUGAGCCUCCCAAGUCGGCACGCCCCUCCCUCUCCCCCUCCCCCUCCCGCCCCCCUGCCCUCUGCCGCGUCACGAGCAAGACAGAGGGUCCUAUGGCGCGAUGGACCAAGAGGCAAGACCGUGUGGCGAGGCAUUCGUGAUGAUGAUUAUGGUGCGGUUCUGUGGUUUUGUGACUUCUUCCUUCUUCUUUAUUCAUCAUCGAGAGCGGACUUGCUGUUCAACCCAAUCGCAUCAGUCCACCGAUCGAUCCAUUCAUCCGACCAUCCUUCCUCUAUUCUCCGCAAUGCCCUCCCCUCCCCUCCGCUCGCCUCGCGCCACCCCAACACCCGCCCCGCCAACCAACCAGCGUUUGUGGUCCAGCUGACGAGGAAAUGAGCUGCCGCCAGCACCGAGAUGUCUAUUGAGAAGGAAGGUCAUCCGACACGAUGAAGUGGCGGAAGCGGAAACGCGCUGAGGUGCCCGCCUGACUCGAGGAUUCUGUCACCCACAGGAAUCAAGACGCUCCCUUCUCUGCCCCUCCGUCCGUCCAUCCGUCCGUCCCGUCCGUCGGCACUGCUCGAACCGGUUGACUGUCUCCUUCGCCUCUCAAUCGCCUGCCUGCGUCGAUGGAUAGAGUGGACCAACCGGCCAAGUGUUUGUCGUCACACUUUGGGAGUGCCCCGUCCUUAGCGUGAUUGCCUCCGGCCACCCAGCCACCGAAUCAGGCGACAAAGCCGUGCAUUCUAGGAUCGAGAUGGCUGGGAUGGAAGAGGGCCCUAGAAUGAAGCAGCACGGGUGUUGAUCUCUCCUUCUUGACACCUGAUCGAUCUAACUGAAGGGCUGAUUUGACGCGUCGACGUCUGAUGAGGCCGGCGGAGACGAGCCGCGUGAUUGAGUCUUCCUGGCGGGACGAGAUGCGCAUUGACCAUCCGAGCCGCAGUCCGAGGCAUCGGUCAGCUUAGGUAUCUCCUCAGCUCAGCGUUCGGCCAUUCCGCCCGCCCGCCAGCCGAGCAGCCAGCAUUGUCCAGCGCUGUCCCAGCCUCUCCUCUUGACCACUGCAUGCCACAGCACACGCAUGCAUUCAUGCCAAUGAUUGCCCCCAUUCCGCUUGUACUCAUUGUGUCUCUCUGGGUGGGUGGGUGGGUGUUGUGUGUUGUGUGUGGUGUGUUGGUGCGUUCAGGGCGGCAAGGCUGUGCGGGCCAAAAUACGCGACAACCUGCCCUUCCCUGAGUUCAAGCGCAUGCACGAGCAGUGGUGUGAGUCGGUCGGGCUGGCCUCCGGGCCCCCCAGCAAACGGCCCAGACUCGGUAAGCAUGCGAACAACAGGCCGCCAGGCAUCUGCCAGACAAGCGCGCACAUUUUCUCUGCUCGUCUGCGUGUGUCUCAAUCAGACCAUUCAGGUGCGAUGCCGGGCAUGAUGGGUCCACCGAACGUGACGUUCGCCCCCGGGCCGCCUCCCAUGAUGCAAGCAAGGCCCAUGCCGGGCAUCCCGGGCCUCCCGCCAGGCAUCGGCGGCGGGCCCCCACCCAUCCCGGGGCUGGGGGGUGGGCCUGGCGGGCCUGGGAUGGCAGGGCCUGCCCGGCCGGGCAACACGCCGCCCCUGGUGCUGAUACUGCAGGGCGUGCACAAGUUGCUGACCAACCACCGCGUGCCGAUGCCGCUCGGGCGCCUGCCGGUGGGUCAGGAUAAGGGGGAGGGAGGCAGGGCAAUAUGGGGAGGGAGGGAGGGAGGGAGAUGCGUAUGUGAUGUGAUGUGUUGCUCAUCCAUCCAUCCGUCUGUAUGUCUGUCCGUGUUUGCAGGAAGCUUUUCAGAAGGAGUGGAAGACGCCGCUGGAUCUAGUGGCGUUCGGAUACGAUAGCAACAACCUCAAAGAGUAAGACCGACAGACAGACAGCACACAAAGGGAAUUCAAUCCGCCGAUCGAUCAAUGUGUCUCGGGCGUUUGCCAUUGCUCAUCCAUCCACUCAUCCAUCCAUCAGAUUUUUGACCCGUUUCCCCGAGGUAGUGGAGUUGUCGAAUGCCGGCGGCGAGUGGCUCGUGUCUGCCGUGCCAAGACCGGACUUCAAAUCCGUCACCAAGAAAAUGUAAACACCUCCCCUCCACACACAACACAACACCUGGACCAAGUGCACACCACACCCUCUCACCAUCUCUCUCUUCCUGUUUGUUGUCUUCUCGGUCAGCCCUCCGGCGCACAUGGGUCCCCCGCUGCCCCCGUUUGCCGACUUCAGCAACGGUCCGCCGCCUCCCCGUUCGCCACACGGGCCGCCGCACGACCGGCCGUCGCGAUCCAUCGAGCGUAACCGAAGAUAUGACGGGCCGCCCCGACGGGACGACAGAAGACGACCACCUAGCAUGGUGCGUCCGUCCGUCCACAGACGCCGACCGACCAACACCACACAAACACUCACCCGCAUCUAUGGGAUGGGUGCAUGUUUGUGUGUAUGCAAUGCAGGAUCGUCGCGGGCAUCCCUCUCGCUCCCGCGGCGGGCGUGACACUCCCCCCAACAGGGAGAGGGACAUGCGGCGCCACGACCGUGACCGAGACGACCGUUUCCGCGACCACCGAGACAGAGACCGCGUGCCGCCCGAGAGGGACUUCAGAGACCGAGACAGGCGCGAUCGUGACAGGGACCGAGACAGAGACAGGGACGAGCGGUUCAGACGCCCUGGGGGAUUCGAUCGCCGCGACAAGGACGAUAGGAACGGCAUGGGAGGGGGCGGUGGUGGUGGUGGUGGUGGCGGUGGUGGGUUUGGGGACCCGCAGCAGCUGGGCGAGAUCAAGAACUUGCUGGAGCGUCUGGUGAGAAGAGGGGAAGAUGGCAUGGCAUGGCUGCAGAUCUGUCUGUCACUAUGUGACGUGAUUUGUCGUGUUGUGUUGUCUUGCGUCGUGUUGUGCAGGUGCAACAGCAGCAGCAGCCGCAGCCCGCGGCUCCCUCCAACUUUGGUGCGAUGCCUCCCCAGGCCCCUGCGGCCAACCCACUCACGGCUCUGCUGGGUGGGGGUGCGGCAGGGGGGAUGCCUGCAGGUGGGGGAGGGAACGCGGCCCAGCUGCAGCAGCUGAUGGCCAUGCUGGGGGGCGGGGCGGGCGCAGCCACCAGAUCGCCACCGCCACAACGUAACGGGCAACACAGACACACAGACAAGACACACGCCGGCACAUGCACUGCACAUGAGUGUCUUGGUUCGUGUCGUGUGUCUGCUCUGCUCAGGUACUGGGUUUCCGCAUGAGGGCAUGGGUGCUGGUCGCGGUUUCCAGCCGGGUGGGCCCCCUGGCGGUGUGCCGGGCAUGCCCAACCCACCACCGCAGGCUGCCGGUGGUCCAGGCGGCACUAGCGCACAGGGCCUACUGCAGCUACUGCAGGCCGCUCAGCAGACCCAGCAGCAGACCACAGUACCGUCACAGCAGGGCACAGGACAGGUCAGUGACUGAGAGAGAGAGAGAUAACACAACCAACAUCACCUUCUCACGCUGCUGUCUUUCUGGUCGGUGUGUCAGGCGGGUCUUCUGGGUGCUCUGUCGGGCCUUCUGGGCGGCGGUGGCGCUCCGGGUGGGGGCCAGCCGACACCCCAGGACCCAUACUCGAGCGGCCUGGCCGGCGGGGGCUUCAGCGACGAGCCGCCACGCUCGCCGCCAUACGACCCUGCACAGGCCAAUGCACCGCCCCCGAUAGGCGGGGGAUACGGGCGAUUCGACGGGGGACCCAACGGGAUGGGCUUUGGGAGGCGGCGAGCAUAGAUAGAUGCGGGAGGAUAGGGCGGGGGGGGAGGGAGGGAGAGGUGGACAUGAAGGAAUGAAUGCGUCAGUCAGAGCCUUCCUUGUGUGAGAGGAGAGGGGGUGGGGGGCCAAUUGGAGGUGAGUUUGGUUGAACUGGUCGGUGCAGUGUGUGUGUGUGUGUAUGUGUCUCUAAGCGGCUGGUUGAGCGGGAUGGGGGGCGGGGUGGGGUGGGCCGUGGCGUGUGGUACUGUCAUGUGUUGGUGUAAUCACAUUCUGCGUGUGGUGACCGUGCCUGUGAGCUGCCUGCUGUGGUCUCGUGCUGAACGUCGUGUCGUCGCUUUGAAGUGCAUUCUUCCUGAUGGAUCGACACGUGGGUGGAGGACCGAUUUGUGUGUUUGUAUGUGCACACGUAAGUCGGUAUUCUCUCAAUCAAUGGAACGGAACUUAC